AUGUCUAUACGUACGGAGUACCUGGAUAAGACAAAUCGCUUGGAAGUUGGUACACAGAAGCAGAACGAUGGUAAGAUUAGUCAUGAUAUGGGCCCUUUUAGAUUCAGGGGAGCCCUAAAGGGUUCUGAAGCUUGGCGUUAUCAUGAAAAUACGAACGUGAAAGGGCUUGUUUGGCGAUGGAUGGCUUAG